GGCUCUUGCCAAGUGGCCUGCGCUCUGUCGCGAGGGUGAGCCACCAUUUCUAGAUUCACUUGGCCACGAUGGUGCAAAAGGAAGAGCGCAGUCCCUUGUAUAGCAGUAAUGGUGUGGCUGUCAUGCGAUCUGCCUCCGUGGAGCGGCGGCAAUCCACGAAGUGGUGGUGGGUGAUGCCAAUGUACGGGUUCCCAGUCUUGAUGCUGUUGAACAUGGUGAUGCUGGCGGUGUUGGCAGUCCAGUUGCAUCGCUCAAACUCACUUCAAUCCCGCUUCGCCGACAGCAUGGACACACCUGCCGCGGCUGCCAUGUAUCACACCCGUGGCGGCGGUAUCAUCGCCGCGUUGUUGCCAAUCAAGUUCGCCGUGGACCACGUCACCCCCUACAAGGACCAGGCACGUCGAGGAACAUGCUGGGACUUUAGCACGAUCGGAGCAUUGGAGCAGUCGUACCGCAAGCACGGCGUCGCCAAGGGAUGGCUAGACUCGAACGAGUACGUAUCCUUCUCGGAGCAGGCGUACGGUAUUGAAGUGAUGGAGUUGUGCACUGGGCCCGUCGACUCGCCGCAGCAGCAAGCAUGCCGCAUCGCUGGCGACAACGUUUGGCGCAACUCGACCGAGGGCGGGGAGGUGCCGCUGCUGUACUACCUUCACAAAGGCCUCAAGGAUUCAGUGUUCCCGACCCGCGUUUGUCCGUACACGUCCUCUCCGGGCCACGACUGGGACUGCCCCGAGCUGGACGACGCGUUCGUCCGGAAGUCCAACCCGCUGUCGUUCACAGUCAACGACAUGGGCACGUUCUACGACCAAGCCAGCAUCAAGCACAAGUUGGUGCAAAGUGGACUGGCCAUGCCGGUAUCAACCACGCUUGUCUCCGUCCAGCACAUGUAUCCGUGUGUGGGCAAGUUUCUUGCGAACGACCCUCGCUGCGACGCCGCGACUUGUCAACUCUGUCCGCCUGAACUACCCAUGGCCACGUGCUGCGUCCCCGCCGACAGCACGCGCGGCCAAAACAUGGACGGGGAGUUCCUCGCGCAUUCUGGCAUGCAAGUUGAAGGCGGGCAUGGAAUGCUUGUGGUGGCGUAUAACGACCUGUUUCGCACGCGUGAAGGCGCGACGGGGGGGUUUGUGGUCAAGAAUUCAUGGCAAGAUGGGUGGCAAGGCAGCCACUCGAUGGCGUAUUGGAUGCAGGACGUUUCCGAAUGGGACGACCGCGUCGUGUGCCCUAACAGCUUCAAUCCCUUCAACUGGUACGUCCCCACGCAAGACGACGGCGUCGUGGACAUCGCCGCGUGCUUGUCGGACGACUCGGUACAGUACGCCGCCCUCAACCGCCAGCCGUUGCACUUGACCUGCGUCGACGAUGCGUAUUGCGUGCCUGGACGCGUCUACUUUGCGAAGAACCGGACCUCAUAUGGCGAUCGCAUGCAUGUCAUGUGCUUUUGGGAGUACGACCCGACAGUCAAAUCCUCGAAGCAUGUGUGCUUGCCGCCCAUGCUUCAGGAAACCAUCGCCCGCACGUUCGAACCGGACGAGGUUUACGAGAAUGACUCGGACCUGUGUGGGUUUUACUUUUUGCCGUACGAUACCAUCAGUCAAGUGUCGGCGCUGUUUCAAGGGUUCUUCGUCAACAGCUUUGACGUCAAGUGGGCCCCGCAGUCGUACCUCGCGAACCGCGAGAAGUUCCCCCACCUCAACUACUCGCUCGUCCAAGCCUCCACGUUUACGCAGCACUCAUCCAGCCGCUUUGAUGGUCCUUUUCCAUUUGCGCACAAGUAUAAACCUAUGAACCAACUCACGCAGCACCGCCGCCGCCAUUAA